CAUCGUGUAGAAAAUACAGCAUUAAUCGAGUACUUGCACUAUAAACACCAUAACUACGUUGAAAUAAUUUUCCUGUGAAAAGUAGUAACUUAAUUAGAAGAGGGUUUCUGGAAUCACACUGGAAUAUCUUCAGCGUAAGAUAAAUAUCACUUGUGAUCAUGAUCAUACUGGCGAUUGCUGCAUUGGUGUUGUGCUGCUAUUGGGCUCACUGGACAGCAAGCUCAUGGAAGCUGGACAAGCUCACAGCCAAGCUGCCCGUCCCGCCCGGUUUGCCGAUCAUCGGCAACGCUAUGCUGUUCAUUGGCAAUACUGAGAAUAUUCUCAAGAAUCUGGAAAACAUCGCUUCACUGGCGAUGAGACAUGAAGGAGCUGUGAAACUGUGGUUGGGGCCUAAAUUGUACAUUGCUAUUGGCAAUGCGGAGGAUGCUCAAGUAGUGUUGGAAAAUUGUUUAGAAAAGGAUUCUGUAUACAGAUUUCUGCGCCCUUGGCUAGGGCAAGGACUAUUCAUUGCACCACUCGGAUUGUGGAAGAUUCACAGACGAGAGUUGCUGCCUGUGUUUCACAACAAAGCUGUAGAGGAAUAUUUGCCAAUCAUAUCGGAGCAGGCGGAUGUCCUCGUGAAGAAUCUUGCCGAGCAGUCAGGAAAGGGAGAAUUCGAUGUGCUUCGUUACAUUACUGCUUGCACAUUGGACAUCGUAUUUGAGACAUCAAUGGGCGAAAGAAUGGAUGUCCAGCAUUCUCCGGACACGCCUUACCUACGAGCUCGUCACACAGUCAUGACGAUACUCAACAAACGCUUCUUCAAAGUGUGGCUGCAGCCAGAUUUGCUCUUCAACUUGACACCUUACGCUAAACAGCAAAAGGAAAACAUUGAACUCACUCACAAGUUUACGGAUGACGUUGUCAAAAACAGAAGAUUACAAUACGAGACAAAUCAAAAUAAAGAAACUAAUCAACAGUCAGGUGGAAGGAUUAAAACAGUGUUAGAAAUGUUAUUUGGCCGAGAAGUCGACUUCACUGAUGAGCAACUGCGAGAGCACAUAGACUCUAUCACAAUAGCCGGGAAUGACACCACAGCGUUGGUCAUCGCUUACACCUUGAUUCUGUUGGGUAUUCACCAGGAUGCACAGGAAAAAGUCUUCCAAGAACAACAAUGUAUUAUCCAAAAUUCAAAACGGGGCGCAACAAAGGAAGAUCUCCUGUGUAUGAAUUACUUGGAAAGAGUCAUAAAAGAGAGUAUGAGGCUUUACACCGUCGUACCCAUAAUUGCCCGCAAAGUUGACAAGGAAAUUUAUUUACCCCAUAGCAAAGUGACAUUGCCGGCAGGAGUAGGAGCCGUAGUAGGAUCCUUUGCUAUUCAUCGCUCAGUUAACGAAUGGGGUGACAACGCUAACGAGUUCGACCCGGACAGGUUCCUCCCGGAGCGGUCUGUUGACAGACACCCUGCGGCUUUUAUCCCCUUCAGUUAUGGAUCCAGAAAUUGCAUAGGUAGGUACUUCGGUAUGAUUAUAAUAAAGAGUAUUAUCUCAAGUAUUAUUAGAACAUACAAGAUUGAAGCAAACGAAGUGGGACCUCUUAAAGUGGAAGUUCUUCUAUUCCCCAUAAAAGGUCAUCAAAUUAAAAUUACUAAGCGCUAAAUACAGAGAGAAGCUUUUGUUACGAUCUAAGUAUUUUAAUUUUAAUCUUUCAUAAGUAUUUUAAUGGGGAUGAUGACUAGGUUUUAAUAUAUUGAUUCUUAUGAUACAUUCGGGUAAAUAAGGUCAAUGUUAACUAAUUUAUACAUAAAAAGCAACGAUUGUCUGGAUAUUUGAAAAAUAAAUGAGAUAAAAAUCAAAAUCUAUUAAAAAUCUUUUAUCGUAAUUAGAUGAAAAUUCAUACAGUUUUAGCUUCCUUAAAUUAAAUGUGACAUUUUCCAAUAAAUGAAAUAUAAACAUAACCGCACAAAUAACAAAGAUAUUAGUAAUUUUGUUUGAAAGCCCAUACAAACCUAAUUAUCAGCGAGCCAACGACGUCACUAAAUCGUGCCAUUUCGUAUGGAGCGUUUUUCAGGGAUCCGCGGCAGCGCCGCAAUUCUGACCCUUUAAAUCCCUGUAGCUCCGAAAGUAAUGAUCGCAGAUACCCCGUUACUUUUUACAAAAUUGCUUUGCUAUUAGUAUACUCCUAAUUUGUAUACAAUUUAAAAAACUGUCAUCAUCCCUAUUGUUGCAAGUACCUUAACAACAACUAGAUAUUAAGGAACUAUUUUGUUAUUGAAGCAGAAAGAAUUACGACCAGUUAAAGAUUUAAAGUUUUAUUUAGGUUAUGAAUUACUAUGACGUUAAUAAAUAAAAAAAAUAUGAA